UGUUGUUAUGGAAGUCGUUUGAGCAGGAGCACCCAUCGGUCGCCUUAAGGAACUUGUGAAAGUAUCCAGGCGAAAUGCCAGCCCCUGAGCAGACCCCAAUGGUGGAAGAAGGGCUGCAGACAACGCAGGAAACUUCCACCAGCCCAGGAAUGGAGCCGGAGGCCACUGCCACUACCAUUUUAGCUUCUGUGAAGGAACAGGAACUCCAAUUUCAAAGACUUACCAGAGAACUGGAAGUGGAAAGGCAAAUUGUGGCUAAUCAGCUAGAAAGAUGUAGGCUUGGAGCAGAAUCACCAAGUAUCGCCAGCACAAGCUCUACUGAGAAGUCAUUUCCUUGGAGAUCACCAGAUCCAGCAGCCACCAGUGCAAACAAACCCCUCGUAUCAGAGGGAGUUCAUACCAAUGCCUAUCACAUUAGGACAGAGCCAAUACAAGGGAACCUCUACUCACCGGAACAGAUAUCUCUCCAUGAAAGUGAGGGGUCUGUAGGUAACUCAAGAAGUUCAACACAAAUGAAUUCUUAUUCUGAUAGUGGUUACCAAGAAGUAAGCAGCUUUCAUAACAGCCAAAACUUGAACAAACCAGAAAACAGACAGCAGCAUUCCCUUAUUGGAACUGCUACUAACCACUUGGUGAGAAGCUCACGAGCUGAAGGGCAGACUCUAGUCCAGCCUUCAGCAAACGUCGCUACCAACCGAGCCAUGAGACGCGUCAGUUCAGUCCCGUCCAGAGCACAGUCUCCCUCUUACGUGGUCAGCACAGGUGUCUCCCCUUCCAGGGGGUCUCUGCGAACAUCUCUGGGCAGUGGGUAUGGCUCUCCAUCAGUUGCUGAGCAAAGAUCCCUCGCUUCUCAUGCGUAUUCAUCCACUACUCUGCCAGUACAGCGGGCGGCAUCCCCGUAUGCUGCACAGAGACCUGCUUCCCCGGUGACCGUGCGGCGGAUUGGCUCGAUCACAUCCAGACAGACAGCAAAUCCCAACGGUGGGACUUCCCAGUACCAGGCAUCAGCUAGAGUUGGCUCUCCACUUGCCCUCGCUGAUGUACAAACCAGAGUUGCUUCUCCACCCCAAACGCAGCUGGGAUCAUCUUCCCCAAAGCGUUCUGGUAUGACUGCAGUUCCACAGCAUUUGGGAACAACACUGCAGAGAGCAGUCCAUGAUAUUGAACAGUACGGACAGCAGUACGACAUAUAUGAGAGAAUGGUUCCUCCACGUCCAGAUAGCCUUACAGGCCUGAGGAGUUCGUAUGCUAGUCAACACAGUCAACUAGGACAGGAAUUACGAUCAGCUGUAUCUCCUGACUUGCACAUCACCCCUAUCUAUGAAGGCAGAACUUACUACAGUCCCGUGUACCGCAGUCCAAAUCAUGGAACAAUUGAGCUCCACCAGGGAUCCCAGUCAGCACUGUAUCGAACAGGGUCAGACAUUUGUUACCUGGUUUGUUUUAAUACUAAUUUUAUACUAGGAGUUGGAAAUCUGCAAAGAUCAUCCAGUCAGCGUAGCACACUCACAUACCAAAGAAAUAAUUAUGCUCUGAACACAACUGCUACCUAUGCGGAACCCUACAGGUCAAUGCAGUACCGACUGUCAGAGUCUGGCUAUAACAGGCUGCAGCACGCAGCGCCCGCCGACGAUGGGACCACACGAUCUCCAUCCAUAGAUAGCAUUCAAAAAGACCCCAGGGAGUUUGCUUGGAGAGAUCCAGAACUGCCUGAAGUCAUUCACAUGCUCCAACACCAGUUCCCAUCGGUCCAGGCGAACGCAGCCGCCUACCUUCAGCAUUUGUGCUUCGGAGACAACAAAGUGAAAACAGAGGUGUGCCGGCUGGGAGGGAUCAAACACCUGGUGGAUCUCCUGGAUCACAGAGUCCCCGAGGUUCAGAAGAAUGCAUGUGGUGCACUGAGAAACCUUGUGUAUGGAAAGUCUACAGAUGAAAACAAAAUAGCAAUGAAGAACGUUGGUGGGAUCCCUGCACUUCUACGAUUGUUAAGAAAAUCUGUUGAUGCAGAAAUAAAAGAGCUCGUAACAGGGGUGCUCUGGAACUUGUCUUCAUGUGAUGCGGUGAAGAUGACAAUCAUUAGAGACGCUUUGUCAACGCUGACAAACACUGUGAUAGUGCCACACUCCGGGUGGAACAGUGCCUCCUUUGAUGAUGAUCAUAAAAUUAAAUUUCAGACUUCCCUGGUUCUGCGCAACACGACGGGAUGCCUGAGGAAUCUGAGCUCUGCAGGGGAAGAAGCCCGGAAGCAGAUGAGGUCCUGCGAAGGGCUGGUUGAUUCACUGCUCUAUGUGAUCCACACCUGUGUGAACACAUCGGAUUAUGACAGCAAGACAGUGGAGAACUGCGUGUGCACCCUGAGAAACCUUUCCUACCGCUUGGAGCUGGAGGUGCCUCAGGCACGUCUGCUGGGCAUCAAUGAACUGGACGACUUGUUGGGAAAGGAGUCACCGAGCAAAGACUCCGAGCCAAGCUGCUGGGGGAAGAAAAAGAAGAAGAAAAAAAAAACUUCACAGGAGGACCAGUGGGAUGGAGUUGGCCCUAUACCCGGAUUUUCCAAGUCUCCUAAGGGGGUAGAAAUGCUGUGGCACCCAUCGGUGGUAAAGCCGUACCUAACGCUUCUAGCAGAAAGCUCCAAUCCAGCCACUCUCGAGGGCUCUGCAGGAUCUCUCCAGAAUCUUUCUGCUGGCAACUGGAAGUUUGCAGCAUACAUUCGAGCUGCUGUAAGGAAAGAAAAAGGACUGCCCAUCCUUGUGGAACUCCUGAGGAUGGACAACGAUCGAGUCGUUUCAUCUGUGGCAACCGCCUUAAGGAACAUGGCGUUAGAUGUUCGGAAUAAGGAGCUUAUUGGCAAAUAUGCUAUGCGAGAUCUGGUGAAUCGACUGCCAGGAGGCAAUGGCCCAAGCAUAUUGUCUGAUGAGACUGUAGCAGCAAUCUGCUGCGCGCUGCAUGAGGUCACCAGCAAAAACAUGGAAAACGCCAAAGCCCUCGCUGAUACCGGGGGGAUAGAAAAGCUGGUGAACAUAACGAAAGGAAGAGGUGACAGAUCUUCACUGAAGGUUGUCAAGGCAGCUGCUCAGGUACUCAACACGUUAUGGCAGUAUCGAGACCUUCGCAGCAUUUAUAAGAAGGAUGGAUGGAAUCAGAGUCACUUCAUUACACCAGUAUCGACGCUUGAACGUGAGAGAUUCAAAUCCCAUCCCUCUCUAUCAACAGCCAAUCAGCAGAUGUCACCGGUCAUGCAGUCAGUCGGCAGCACGUCUUCAUCACCGGCUUUAUUAGGAAUUAGAGAACCCCGCUCUGAAUACGAUAGAACUCAACCUCCUAUGCAGUAUUAUAACAACCACGGCGACAUCAUUGCUCAUAAAGACAUCUACACUGGUUCCAGCAAAACAUCCCCAAUUUACAUCAGUUCCUAUUCCUCACCAGCGAGAGAACAGAACAGGCGGCUACAGCAUCAGCAACUGUACUACAGUCAAGAAGAUACCAACAGGAAAAACUGCGACGCAUACAGGUUGUACCUGCAGUCCCCACACAGCUAUGAAGACCCGUACUUUGACGAUCGAGUUCACUUUCCUGCUACUUCAGACUACACAACACAGUAUGGACUGAAAUCAACCACAAAUUAUGUAGACUUUUACUCCACCAGACGAUCUUCUUAUAGAGCAGAACAGUACCCGGGUUCACCCGACUCCUGGGUGUAGCAUCAAAGGAAAAAAAACCAACAGUGUAUUUCUCAUCGUGCUUGAGAAGAAAUGGAAUGGCCUCAUUUGAUGUCUCAGUUAUGAAAUCUGAAGGUGAAAUAAAAGAGGAAACGAGGAAGUCUUUUGGUUUGGGUUUUGGAGGGCAUUUGGCUUUGGUUUGGGUUUUUUUGUUUUAGUUUUUGCUGGGGGUGUUUUUGGGUGAGGAACCGUCAGAGAGAAAAUCUGGAAGGGAUGCUUCUUUGCUCUGUUUAGAUGUUAGGUAUUAUUACUUGUAGCUUCUGUAGUCUGGUGAGGGUGUGGGCGAUGUGAUGAAAGGUUUGAGAAUCGAGUAAAAUGAAUUUGGAAAGUGCGUAGGUCAGAGCAAAUUAAACCUGUUUUUUAUGUGAAUAAAAGUCUUGUUCUGAUAGUUUGUACAGAAAAAAAUAAAAUGGAUGCCCUUGUUUUAUUGAUAUUA